CCGUUCGCGAUCUGACUUGUCUUGACCUCAAAAAGGCCUUGGAAAAAACGAAGCCACGUCGAGGAGGCGGCCGUGGGACAGCAGGGCCCGAUCUUCGAAACGAACUCACCACACUCCAUCGUCCACGACGACUCGCUCCUGGCCUGCUUACCACCUCCGCGGUGGUAACCCGCCAUACUGUACCGUCACUCCCUGAACGAAUUCCCAGGCGACACCAGCUCCGUAACGGAGCAAUUCGUCAAGAUUUAUUCCAACACAUCGAGAGCCUCGCUCUUUGGCGGGUCGUUCGAUCCGACUUUCAGGCGAGACCACGGAGGUUUUCGCGCGAGAGAAGGAUACAUAAAUGUGACUCCACCACCGCCAAAAAGGAAAAUGUAUAAACCAAAUACCAUGUGGACAUGGUCCUUCGCCAUUGUCGCCUUAGUACAAACAAUUAUCACACUUGCUCUAGAAUGUUAUGUCUUCGCAAAUUUCCAAAUCCAACUCGAACCCAAGGCCGAAAUGGUGACCUCAUCAAAAACGAUACCCACUUUCCUGGCCUUAUACAGUUUCGGAUUCAUAUAUGAAUUGCUCCUUGUGUAUGAUGCGCUUCGACUCAAGAACACCAUUCAAAUCAUCGGUCUGUGUUUCUGUAAUGUCGGACUAUUGGUUUACGGUGCCGUACAGGUACAGCAAAUCAAAGAAGCCGUGGGAGUUUUGACAGACAACGACGUUAUCAACCCGGAUAUCUGGGAACAAACUCAACCAUUUCUAAUCAUCAUUCCAAUUGUUGUGGCUAUGGGUUCAUUAUUGAUGACAAUUGUCGCCUGGAAACUCUAUGAUGAAUUUGCGUGGUCGAUCUACAAACAUAUUAGUGCUGAUUUACGUAUGAAGCGUCGUUAUUUGACAUACCAGAUUUACAUCGCUCUCCUCAAGUUCGAUUUUUUCUUCUUCCUCGGUUUUACCGUCCAAUUCCUUGUCAUCGUUACGAUAAGAAAGGAUAGCGAGUUUGCCCUCACCAUAGCUGCUGUGCCAGUAACAAUUCUGAUCCUUCUCGCUGCGGCGUUCCUCGUGCGACGUGAGAGUUCAUUAGGAAUGAUCGCAAUUAUUCUUCUUUAUUUUGCGGCCAUGGCGUACUUCCUUUUCAAGUUGGUUCGUAUGUACCAGCCAGAAACCGAAAAUGACUAUACACCGGCCCGGCGGUCUCUGACAUUCUUCGCUGUUAUCACUCUAAUCCUGAUUGUGAUGACCAUCAUAAAUGCUUGUAUAUGCAUGCACAACUUCAACAAGGGAUUGAAACCUCACAUCAACAAGAAAAAGAAGGAUAAGGAGGCAGAGAAAAAUUCUACCGAGUUGACGGCCGUUGAUGGCCAAGUGAUGCCCGGCCGAAUGAUGAUUGAUUAGUGAACGAGGGUUCGUUCCCCUUCGACUGGCUGUUGUUUAUUGGGUCGAUAUAUAUAUAUAUAUGCCACCCAAUUGGCCAUGUAUCGACAGGAAUAUUGAACUACGGCGGGCGUCUUUCGAAUAUUUACAACAUGAUACCUUUUCCUACAUUACUCGGGGUUUGUUAUGACUGCUUACCAUCUAUACAGUCUUGGUUGUUUAUUUUAUUCCUUGAUUCUUUCAUAUGUCAGUUCAAAGUACCCAUAGCGUUUGCUUGAUGAAUAUCUCUAUGCUGCGGCUAUCUAGCUACAUUCAUGUCACAUUAUCACGACUAUAUUCGAUAUUUCCUGUAGGUAUUUUUCUAAUAGCUCAUUCACAUAUGAAUGUCACCCUAUUCACCUGAUAUUUAACUU